AUGCCAUCACCACCACCGCCGCCACCACCUACUACCUCCAUCACCGCCACCAACACCUACCAUCACCGCCACUACCAUUACCACCCACCUACCGCCACUUCCAUCACUACCACCCAUCACCACCACCACCACCUACCACUGCUACCACCAUCGCCAUCACCAGCCACCUACCACAACCGCCACUACUACCGCCACCACUACCAACCGUCACCACCACCUACCAUCAAUACCUCCACCACCACUUACCGCCACCACCUACCACUGCCACUGCCACCACCACCACCACAUGUGGUCACUGCCAACGCCACCACCAUGUACCACAAUCACCGCCACCAUCUACCACUACUAACAACAUUGUAA